GUGACACCCGUCUCCCCAGCCGGCCGGCCGGGCGCAGCCCCCCCGGCCUUGGUCUGUCCUCAGGGACAAAAGUGGCUCUCAAUCUAGCACAUGUGCAUUGGAGCAAUUUAAGGAUUUAAUAUGAAGUACAGAAGCAGAUAGUGCCAAAUAGCAAGCCCGUUGUUUCAUAUUUCUGGAAAAGCAGUGUCCGUGUUGUUAUGUACUCCUCCAAAGACAGUUCAGAUCUUUAGGGGAGUUAUUGUGUAAAGUAAACAACUACAGGGUAGCAGUACUUAAUAGCUAUUGUAGACGUGUACUUGCUCUAUUAAGAUGAGUAAGAGAACGGGCAGUGACACAUCACUAGGAAGCAUUUUUUAUUUGGGGGCAACAUUCUUUCGACUACAUCUCCCUGGAAUCAUGGAUCCCUCUCCAAUUUAGAAGGGUGAGUGGGGCAGCAUUUCCUUCUCCCACUGCUUCUGAGAUGGCAGAAAUCAGCCGAAUUCAGUAUGAAAUGGAAUACACCGAAGGUAUUAGUCAGCGAAUGAGGGUCCCGGAAAAAUUAAAAGUAGCACCGCCAAGUGCUGACCUGGACCAAGGGUUCCAAGAAGGAGUUCCAAAUGCCAGUGUAAUAAUGCAAGUCCCAGAGAGGAUCGUUGUCACAGGAAAUAAUGAAGACAUUUCAUUUUCAAGACCAGCAGAUCUUGACCUUAUCCAGUCCACUCCCUUUAAACCUCUGGCACUGAAAACACCACCACGGGUGCUCACCCUGAGUGAGAGACCACUAGAUUUUCUGGAUUUAGAAAGACCACCUCCAACUCCUCAAAACGAAGAAAUCCGAGCAGUUGGCAGGCUAAAAAGAGAGCGUUCCAUGAGUGAAAAUGCUGUUCGCCAGAAUGGACAGUUGGUCAGGAAUGAUUCCGUGUGGCACAGAUCAGAUUCUGCCCCAAGAAAUAAAAUUUCAAGGUUCCAGGCAUCGAUUUCUGCACCGGAGUACACUGUGACACCAUCGCCACCACAGGCUCCUCGGGUCUGUCCUCCCCAUAUGCUACCUGAAGAUGGAGCUAGUCUUUCCUCUGCCCGUGGCAUUUUGUCGCUUAUCCAGUCUUCCACCCGUAGGGCUUACCAGCAGAUCUUGGAUGUGCUGGAUGAAAAUCGCAGUGUGAGAAGACAAAAUGAGAUACGUUGUGAAAGACCUGUGUUGCGUGGUGGGUCAGCUGCCGCCACUUCUAAUCCUCAUCAUGACAACGUCAGGUAUGGCAUUUCAAACAUAGAUGCAGCCAUUGAAGGAGCAUCAGAUGACAUGACUGUGGUGGAUGCAGCUUCGCUAAGACGUCAGAUUAUCAAAUUAAAUAGACGUCUGCAACUUCUAGAAGAGGAGAAUAAAGAACGUGCUAAAAGAGAAAUGGUCAUGUAUUCAAUUACUGUAGCAUUCUGGCUGCUUAAUAGUUGGCUGUGGUUUCGACGCUAGAGGUAACCUCAGCAUUCACAUAUAUUGUCUCAACACCUGGAAAUAUAAAGGAUUUGCAAACUCCA